AUUAUGAUGAAUGUAAUCCAGCAUCAAACAUUCAUAUUCAAGACUGUGGUACUGGAGCAACAUGUACUAAUGAAAUAGGAACUUAUUCAUGUCAAUGUGCUACUGGUUAUACAGGAAUUCCGCCUAGUUGCACAGGUAUGUAUAUAAGAUGUAAGAUGCAAGAUGAUAAGAUGUCAGAUAUCACAUACGUGAUGAGAUAUCAGAUUAGUCGUUAUUGUUUAAACUAAAUGGCGAGUAAUAUCUCUCAAAGGUUUUAAACAAUAUAAAACAAAACACAUCUUGAUCGACGUAUAGUAUCAUGAAACCACAGAUAUGGGUAAAGACAAGCCGUGAAUGAAUUCAAGAUAACAAUGCCUAGUUAUGUCAUACAAUCAAUUUCGUCUCCGAUUGUAUUUAGUACGCUAUUGUAUUUGUUUCUAUAACUAAGUAGAUUUAUGUAGUCGGAUCGCUAGGCUAUUUUUACAAAAAUAAACUAAAUGGAUGCCCGUUUCUUUUUCUUCUACAGCUAUCACAGUCUACCCACCGCUGUAUUUCGGUAUGUGUUUAUCUCUUUUAUGUAUUACAAUUAUAUUUUAGUCAUAUUGUUCGGUGAUAAAUGAACAAUACCCGCCGACCAUUUAAAUUUGCUAAUUCAGUUAUUGUAACUGCAAGAGCUCGAGUUUUUAAUUAACUAAUUAAUAAAAACGAAACGAAAUCCACAGUUUAGCAUCUUGAAGCCAUCAUCAUAUCAGUCAUAGCCCAAGAUAUUAAGCUGAUUUGACUUUUUUUAAGAUUCAAACUGCCAACACACUGUGUUUCGUUUAGAUUUUUACUUCAGUGAUAAAUUCCCUAUAUUUUUAAUGCUAGGCAACUGAACUCUGUAACUUGGUAGAUUAGAGAUUGCUGUACCUAAAUCGCGGAGCCGCAGGUUCGACUGCUCUCAGAAGUCUUGCUUACUUGCUUGUUUUCGCAGCUCCUCCUGGUUAGGUCAACAAUAUAUAUAUAAUUUAUACUCGAAAUUUCCAUCUACAAAAAUACGCAAUGACUGCAUGGCCGCCAAUUUGAAAUUGAUUCCACUGAACUGUGGAAGUUAAACUAAUCAUUUAGUAUAUUGGUUACUGCACCAUUAUUGCUUAAUAUUGGUUAGUGCACCAUGAGUCUGCUAUCCGUUGGAGGAAUUUGUGACGUUUGUGACACGGAAAUACCUCCAAAAAUACCCCGCAGAGUAUUAUAACUAAAUGCGUAUGGAAAUAAAACUUACUCAAAGUAAGCGCAAACUGAAUGAAGAAAAGCGCAAAUACCAUUGCUAUAUUUAUGGAAAGCAACAUAUCUUAGCCAUACCUCGCGUAUGCGAGACUGUCUUCAAACUUUACACCUUUGCUGGUUUCUCUGAGUUAAGAUUUCUCGCUAAAGUUUUGUUGUGUAUUUUAGUGAAUGACGAAGAUGCGGAUCUGGUGAAAUGGCUCAUGGUCGGUGUCGUAGUUUAUCUUGGCAUUUGCUUCCUUGCCACUUUCUUCAUUUUAAUUCUUAUAUGUAAAACGUGAGUAGCGUCUCUAUAAUAUUAGCAUCUCUAAUUUUGUUUGUUUGUUUGCUUUUGUGUGUUUGUUUCUACUCUUCUAUUUCUUGAUUUGUUUGUUUGCUUUCUCUUUUAAUGCGAAUUUGUAUGCUUGCAGGUCUUUCUGUUUCAUUUUUUCUAAGUAUCUUGCUUUGUAAUGCCGUGUAAUGUGUUUUUGGAGACAUUAAUUUCUAGUCUUAAACUUUUAUUAAAUACUCCCACUCUUCUUCCCGUCUUCGACAGGUGAAGCAAUAAUGAAUUGAACUGAGCCUAGGGAAUGUGACAAUGAUUUACAAUUACCAAAGUAUAUAUUAUAAAACUUUAGAUUUUAUUUUGUUGGCUGAGAAACAGUUUAUUUUUAAAAAUAUUGUAGUUCCGCCAAUGAACACAUCAGAUGGGUCGUUUUGAAGUCAUUCACAGUCCGCGCUGUAACAUACAUACGACUACAAGUGCUUUAAUUAAAUGAUUUGCAAAAAGACCCAUUGACGAAUUUUACGAAUUUUAAAAAUACGAGUUUAUUGACGAAUUUUAAAAAUAAACGUUUUCUACGCCGAAAAAAAACAAUGCUAAAAUUUAUGUAAAUUAACUUGAUUUUUUAUCACAUGUAAAACCACCGACACCGCAGUGAUUCCUUUGUAUUUUUCUCAUGAAUUAUUGAGUUUUUAAACCGUGCUUAAAUAGCUCAUUAUCCCGAAAUAAGAGCUCAGAAGACAGAAAAUAUAAAUUUUCAUGUCGUUUAUUUCGAUUUUGGGAUAUAGAUUCAUGUCUCACUGUUGGUGAGUUAUAGGAUCAGCGGUUAGAGUUAGUGUCAAGAUAAGGAUAGGGCUCGGCAUUCGUAAAGAGGCAAUGCAAAAAGCUUUUGCCCAAGGUAACCAAACGCUUUACAAAAUAUUACGAAACAAAGUCAAUCGUUCCAAAAAAGGUGUCGCAAGUUGUAUUAUGAAAAUAAGGUCAAAGAUGUGAAGCAUACUAAACCAAAGGACUGGUGGAGGGAAGUGAAACGGUUUUGUGGUCUUCCCAUGGGAACACCCGAUAAUAUUUUUGCAAACCUAGACCAGGCGAGACAUGAAUUAUAACCAGAUUUUGUGUUGUGAAGUUGUGAAUUAUACAGUUUGGAUUAUGACAAUUUUUAUUUAAAUAGUAUCCUAACUUCACAUUUGAUUCAAGAACAGAGUGAGCUUCUGUAUGACUGAAGAAUUACUGAAUGAUUAUGCCUUGUCUCUAUCAUUUCAUUAUAAUAUGUAUGCUGAUGAAAGAUUUUUUUGCAUGGUUAGACUAAAUAGUGCUGGGAAAUAUAUAGCUGAAGAGGAUGAAAUAUCAAUGGGAAGAGUGAGUGCUAUAGCAACUCCACAGUACGCAGAACGAGAAGCGAUGAGAGAAUACUACCGCUAA